GGCGCACGGUGGAUGAGUACGAGGCCAUGGCGCGCCGCGAGCUCGUGCCCGCCAAGCGCGAAAAGGCGCUCGGGAGAGUGGAGAAGUUCAGAGAGGAGGAGCGCGGCUUCAGAGGCGAGAUGGGACGCGUCAAGGAGGCGCCAGCACAAGGCAGCACCUCCUCGACGUCCUAUUCUGCCUCUUCCUCCGCCCGCUCUCCCCUCUCUCCCACCUCCACGAUGCAGAUGCGGCAGUCCACCAUGGGCGGCACUCCAUCGUACAGCAACACUCCCUACGCGAGCGGAUCGCCCUACGACUCACCGCACGCCACCCCCCCGCCUCCCUCGCACGCCGAUCCGCUCGCAGCGUACCGCGCCUCUGCACAGGCGGCAUACGCAGCGGGCGGCAACGCACGCCAAGACGCGGCGCUGCGGGAACACUCGUUCAUCGGCACGGCCGAGGCGCAGCUGGACGCGCUCAUCGCGCAGGGCAGGGCGACGUGGGGCAAUUUGGGCGAGCAGCGCGAGAUUCUGAAGGGCACGCAGCGGAGAUUGAGAGAUGCGGGAGUGACGAUGGGAUUGAGUCGGAACGUCAUCAGCUACAUCGAACGCAGAUCCACGCAGGACAACAUCAUCUUUGCCGUCGGCGCCGUCUUUACGCUCGUGUGCUUCUUCUACAUCUACAAGUGGUUCGGCUAGGCCUUUGAGCUGGCCCGACUGCCGUUUUGCCCCUCAAGUCUGUGCGACGUCGCUUCACGCCCUGUUCUUUCACGAUCUGCCUUAUGAAACACGAAGCACGCAAGGGCGCUAGCCUACGCGGCGAGCUCCACAGCUCGAGCCAUUCCGACCGAGGUGCCCUUGCGUAAUGAAAGCUACAUCCCAGCCACCGAGACAGA